AUGCAAAUCCUGAAGACGUUUCUCGAACAAAUAGUCGCCGGUGAUGAGGCCUUGGGUCACCGGCACGACCCUGCGGACAGAAGGCCAAUCAGACCAGUGACUGUCGAGAAGCGCAAACGGCCAGUUAAAGGGAGGCGAAAACGCUUGACUCCUUCCCCGCCCACACUCCCUCCCCGCCCACACUCCCUCCCCACCCACACUCCCUCUACACCCACACUCCUGCCCACACUCCCUCCCCGCCCACACUCCCGACCACACUCCCUCUACACCCACACUCCUGUCCACACUCCCUCCCCGCCCACACUCCUGCCCACACUCCCGCCCACACUCCCUCCCCGACCACACUCCCUCUACACCCACACUCCUGCCCACACUCCCUCCCCGCCCACACUCCCUCCCCGCCCACACUCCCGCCCACACUCCCUCUACACCCACACUCCUACCCACACUCCCUCCCCGCCCACACUCCCGCCCACACUCCCUCCCCGACCACACUCCCUCCCCGUCCACACUCUCGCCCACACUCCUGCCCACACUCCCUCCCCGCCCACACUCCCUCCCCGCCCACACUCCCCCGCCCACACUCCACAGCUUCCUCCCACAAGGACGCACAGAAACAGUCCAUGCUUAUCAUUCCACAUUCCUAAGCACGUUCCUUCUUCCGCGGACCGCACGCCAUUCCCAGAACCUCAGGCAAAGGACAAACGAACCCCUAAGAGCAAUCCUUAUCUCCCGCGAGGCAAGAGCGAACGGCCUGAGGUCGCCGACACAAUCGCGAGCGAGAGCUUGCACAAGCUUACUUCGAAGCUCGAGCUGGGCAAGAAGCUGCUCGUCUGA